AUGGCCCUCCUCCGCCAGUCAGUCGCUCCCCUGCGAGCCAUGCGCUGCAGCAGCGUCCGCCAGCCUCUCCCCACGACGGCGCGCAGCCUCUCCAUGACGACCCGACGACACGGCGGCCACGGCAACGAGUCGCAGUUUGAGCCGCCGACCGGCUGGCUCUGGGGCAUCAAGCCGGGCGAGAAGCCCGAGCCCGAGGGGUGGGAGUGGCCGAUGUACCUGUUUGGGGCGAGUCUUUUGGUGACGGGCGUUGCGUUGGCGUUUAAGCCCGAUACUUCUGUUUCGACCUGGGCUCUCGAGGAGGCGCGAAGGAGGUUAGAGGCCGAGGGUGUUCUGCCGGACCCAGAGAAGAAGAACUAA